GCCUAUAUAUACCCUCCUGGAGUAACCUAUUUUUUGCAAUCAGAAAUAUAGAGGAAGAGAUGGAGAUCCCUCUGGUAGAUUUUAAUGAGCUCAAUGGUGAGAAAAGGAGCAAGACAAUGGAGCUUCUGCACCAUGCUUGUGAAAAAUGGGGCUUCUUUCAAGUUGAGAAUCAUGGCAUUGAUAAAGAGCUGAUGGAGAAGGUGAAGCACUUGGUAAAUGGACACUAUGAGGAAAACUUGAAGGAAAGCUUCUACAAAUCCACGAUAGCUAAAACCAUACAAAACCAAGGAAAUACCUCUGAUAUAGACUGGGAAAGCAGCUUUUUCAUUUGGCAUCGCCCAACAUCUAACAUCAAUGAAAUCUCGAACUUCUCCGAGGACCUACGGGAAGCAAUGGAUGAGUACAUUGCUCAACUGUUUAAGCUGGCAGAGAAGCUUUCUGAGCUCAUGUGCGAGAAUCUUGGUUUGGAAAAGGGUCACAUAAUGGAAGCGUUCUCAGGGAAUAAAGGUCCUUCUGUUGGGACGAAAGUGGCAAAGUACCCUCAGUGUCCACAUCCAGAACUUGUUAGAGGACUUCGAGAGCACACUGAUGCUGGUGGGAUUAUACUCUUACUCCAAGAUGACAAAGUCCCAGGUCUUGAAUUUUUCAAAGAUGGGGAAUGGGUAGAGAUUCCACCAUCCAAGAACAACACCAUCUUUGUGAACAUAGGAGAUCAACUGGAAAUUUUGAGCAAUGGAAAUUAUAAAAGUGCUUUGCACAGAGUCAUGGCUGACAAAAAUGGGAGCAGACUUUCCAUCGCAACCUUCUACAAUCCUGCUGGUGAUGCCAUCAUCUCUCCAGCUCCAAAACUCUUAUAUCCCAACCACGUCCGUUUUCAAGAUUACCUCAAGCUUUAUGCCACCACAAAGUUCUCCGACAAGGGUCCCAGAUUUGAGUCUAUGAAGAACAUGACUAAUGGUAACCAUCAUGUAAUUGCCUGAAACUACAUAUCAUUUAGAAUAUGUCUGGAUCACACUGAUCUUGGGUUUGGUUUUCAGAUUUUGUUAUUGUUUUGAUCUUCAUCAUGUGUUUUUUGUGCUGCCAGUAAAAAUAUUAUGUUUUCCAACUCUCAAUAGAGGGAAGGUAUGAAGCAUUUAUUCCUUUA